AUGCAGCUCAAACCGAUGGAGAUUAACCCGGAGAUGCUGAACAAGGUGUUGGCCCGGCUGGGGGUCGCCAGCCAGUGGCGCUUGGAGGACGUGCUGGGCCUGGAGGAGAAGUCUCUGGGCUCGGUGCCGGCGCCUGCCUGCGCGCUGCUGCGCCUCUUUCCUCUCACGGCCCAGCAUGAGAACUUCAGGAAAAAACAGAUUGAAGUGCUGAAGGGACAAGAAGUAAGUCCUAAGGUGUACUUCAUGAAGCAGACCAUUGGCAACUCCGGUGGAACCAUCGGACUCAUUCACGCAGUGGCCAACAAUCAGGACAAACUGGAGUUCGAGGAUGGGUCAGUUCCGAAACAGUUUCUUUCUGAAACAGAGAAGUUGUACCCUGAAGACAGAGCAAAAUGCUUUGAAAAGAAUGAGGCCCUCCAGGGAGCCCAUGAUGCCGUGGCACAGGAAGGCCAAUGUCGGGUAGAUGACAAAGUGAACUUUCAUUUUAUUCUGUUUAACAACGGGGAUGGCCACGUUGUUCAAGUCUAUGAACUUGAUGGACGGAGGCCUUUUCCGGUGAACCGUGGCACCAGUUCAGAGGACUCACUGCUGCAGGACGCCGCCAAGGUCUGCAGAAAAGUCACUGAGCGCGAGCAAGGGGAGAUCCGCUUCUCCGCCGUGGCCCUCUGCAAGGCAGCCUAAUGCCUCGUGGCAGGGGCAUUUCGCUUUCUCCCCCUUCCCUUCAUCGUGAAAGUAUAU